AUGGCACCAUCAUCAGUCAAUUCCAAAAAUGAUGAUACGAGCGACGAGUGUGCGAAAACAACGUUGUCGCCUAAACACUUUUGCUGUUCACUCUAUAAUUGCUCCAACACUUUGACAGUUAAGGUGACGAUCGUGAGUCGCGGAAAAAUAUUUUCGAAGAUUAUAAAACGUUUGAAGAAAUUAAAUGGAUAA